AUGGUAAUUCCUGGCAACACCAUUAACCCAUACGAGCAUUUACAAAUUUAAUAAGGAGUAACGAAGUUAGUAGGAAAAUAAUGUUAAACGUUAUCCAAUCUCAGCUUAAUCUCCAAUCUCAGCUUAAUUCCUAUUAAUUCCACAGCUGUCGAGAGUAAAAGUCAAUAUUUGUGCUAUUCACGGCUUUAUUAUGCUCACAAAAGAGCUACAUGUUUCUUUGUGGCUACACUUGGCAAAACAUCCUUAAUUUUUACAAAUUUAACAUGAAGAAACCAACACAACAGCUGACAAAUUCCAAGUAAAGAAUAAAAAUGUUCAGUUUGGAUGGUGUUUUGAAUUAACUCAGUCGAUGCCCUGAGACAAUGCCUGUACUAAUUCACAAAAUGUGGCAGGUACAGUCAACAUUUUGCUUUGUUUGCUUUUCCGUCUUUAUAUAGACCUUAAUUGGAGACAUAUUAACUGAAGUGGAGCAGGCAAAUCAAGUCAAAAAAUUUGGAAAAUCAAGUUUACAAGAAGGAAAGAUUCCCAGAAAUAAAGAGGAGAAAACGAGACAAGAACUAGAGGCAUUUAGCUCUCGUUGGAAUGGACUCGGUGAGGAAGUUCUCAAGACAACCAACAGGUAAGAGAACGUAAAGUCUAUCUUUACUGAAACACAGCACAUGCUGUGUCCCUUGGAAGUUCAUGUCCAUUGGAAGUCCGGUUCCUUUAUGUAGUAUUAUGUUGAAAAAAGGAGAGAGCUCGAUAAAGGAGAGCUCGAGGAUAUAAAAUUGUGAAACGCAACUAAACGUAACUGGACCAAGAUCAUAUGUCUUGGCACAAAAAAUUUAAAGGCCAGGUUUACACAUGAGAGAAUGAGCUUAUCCUCUCUUGGUUUACACUUGAGUGUUCUUUUUAGGAUUUUGUCAAUGUGUCCGGAUAUAUUUAGGGUAUUCGGAUUUUGCAGGCGUUCACACACAUCCUUUAAUUCCAGAGUAUCCAUCCAUCGUUUAAAUUACAUCUGUUUGUCCUGAUCAAGAGGGGGUUGUCCAGAUACCAAGUAUUGGUUUUGAGUUCCAGGAUUCAACAUCUCCAGACACGCGACCAAACCCGGAUUCAAGCAUUUACGUCGUGUAAAUGGCAGAAAGCAAACUUUCCAAAACACCUUCCUCCUCCUACUCUUCCUCCUCCUCAUCAUUAUCAUCAUCAUAAUUAUCAUAUCCUUUAUUUUGACGCGAUAAAACUCAAAGCUCAAUGUUUGUGGAGUCGUGUAAAAUAAGCUGCAAUAGAACAACAAUAGAAAUAAGAAUAAAAUUAGUUACAAUACACACUUACAAAAAAUCUCUCGUGUGAACCUGGCCGCCUAACUUCCAUCGAUUCUGAUACCCUGCUUUGAAAAACCAAUUUUUUUUUACAGCAUUGAGACGUUUGUAUCAGAGGUAGAAACGGAAUACUCCAAGCUAAAGCUGUGGAUAAGUAAUUCGGAGAUCGCAGAUUCGUGGCUGAUGGAAUACGAACCCUAUGCUGAUAAACCGGAGAAACUCGGAACGACCAUUCGAUUAGUGAGGAUACAGCUUCAUGAGAAUCAGGUAAGUACUGCAGCUUAGAUAUAUGUUGUAGAUAGAUAUUUCAUCGCACGUGAUCCAAAAGUGAGAUUAUUUCGUUAGGGUCCACGUAACUCUUCCCCACAUUCCUGUAGACAAAUGCAUCAACUCGAGGGUUUGGGUGGCAAAAUAUAGUGCUUUGUGUGUAAUUGUCCACCCACGCCUCGGCCUCGCCUUAUGGUGAGGGCUCACUGGAGCGGAAUGCUGUGAAGGUUUUCCGAUGGAUAUUUUUCUUCAGAAGUUUAAAAAAAUCAUUAGUCAAAAGGUGAUAGAACAUCAUUGUCUUGUGAGCUGCACCACUGACAAAAAUUGGUUUUGCUUUCUCAUUUUAGACCGUCUUGGAAAACUUCAGAAAAUCGAAACCCAGAUUGCGUCACAUGUACGACACUGCAGUUGAACUCAUGAAGAGCGGUCGGGUGGACGAGGCAGAUGUCGAUGAAUUAGAGCGCGUCAUCAAUGUUCUUGUAGCAAAAUGGGAGUCGAUUGACAACCGGUUGAAUGCAAGUCGGGAUCGGUAAGACCUUAGAAGUUUGUUUAAAUUAUCGUUUAGCUCACUGGUUUUGAAUAUGCUUACUUAAAACGUCAGAAGUAGAGCACAUACCUGAAGUUUGAUCCUUUCCGAGCCAUUUUACAAUUAUCAACAUCUAAUUCUGAGCGAGAAAUGACAAACAACGCAAAAGGCUCAACUUUGCUUGACGGCAAGUGUUUUGUUCUGAAAUGAAACUUCAACUUUUGUCUAUAUUAACAAACUAUCCGCUUAAUUAUAUCACCUGAAUGACAACUAAUAAUCGUGAAGGAAACUACUAAUUACUUGCUCUUUUUGAUGGAAAACGGUGAUCUUUUUUGAGUUUGUUGUUGGUUCUCUCCUUUGCUCCGAGUGGUUUUUCUCCGGGUACUCCAGUUUUCCCCUCUCCUUGAAAACCAACACUUCCAAAUUCCAAUUCGAUCCGGAACGCACUUAUACGUUUUAGCGAGUGCUUUAGCAUUUCUAAGUGCUCCGUGGGUAAACCAAUCAUAAUUACAAUUUACACAUUUUCUUGUUAGGAUUUACGCUGAAAUCGAAAAGCUAAGAAAGAGAAAGGCAAAGCAACGGCCCUCUAUCGUUCGGAGAUUUAGCUCUAGAAGAAAUUUAUCUUUUCGAAGAAACAGAUCCCUGAGAAAGAAACGUGAGGGUGAACAGGAUAAGGAGGUGGUGCCCAAGGUAAUAAACUUUAACAUUGUUUUUUAGUUGCAGUUAAGGCAGGGAUCUAUUGCCUGAAGGAAGUUUAGAGCAGUCGAUUUUGCGCAAUAUGCUGGUGCAAUGGUUUUUAUUUAGGUUCACUAUACACAAAGUGACACCACCUCACGUGAUAUUUUCUGUUUUCCCAUGUGUUCUUUCUAGUGUAGUUCCUUUGUCGUAACACCACUGCAUGUGAUCAGGUUAGGUUAAAUUCCAUAAUAGUGAAUAAAUUUUGUUCCUCGAAGAAAUAUAUAUUUAUCAAGAGGCUCAGUGUUUCUUAGGAGUACCAAUGUUAAGCUUUGACUCAGCUGGAUUUUGUCGAAAGAUGAAAAAGCAGACACAUAACUCGUUCGUAACUCGGGUGGCCUUCGUUAGUUUGAGAUAAAGUCGGAAAUUCGGCGUUAGAAAUAUCAAGUACAUACUCAUUAUUGCAGAGAUAGACAGUAGUGUAGUUGUAGUUUUCUUUCAACGAUCACACCAUUGCUCUAAUUACUGUGUUUUCUACAGGGUGCUCAGUCUUAUAAAGUGUACGUUGACGAGCAAGAUAACUUACCCACGCCGGAAGUCGUUACCAGCACGAGCUCCAUGAAUGUAAAUGCCUCAAUGGAUCCCGUGCACAUUCUUAUGAUGAAAAACAGACAACCCGUGGAAGAAAAACUGAGGUAUGUUGAAAGAAAAAAGUCCAGAUGUUACAACCAAAAUAGAAUUUUUUCUUCUUCCACGAUCAACUGCUGGGAGAGGCGGCACAUCACGCCAGAGAGAUUAUGGAGGAAUGGAAAACUUUACUUUAGGAGAUGAAUCGACUAGCUAGCCUGAAAAGGAAAAACACCCAUUCUCACAUAUGGGACUAUUUUAAGUAAAUUACGUUACCAUGUAUGAAAUUUGUGUCCUUUAAUUUGGCUGUUUCACAUUUUUCACGGCUUUCGAAACGUAGGCAGAAUUUGUAAUUUGCGGGUUUUGCUCCAUCUCGGUGACAGUAGAAAAAUUGGGUAAGAAAUGACUAUUUUUUCUGGAGUAAGAGUUCUUUGAAAGCUUUUUCAGUCCUUAUCAAGGACUGGAAUUGUAACAGACUUAAAUAAUAUAAUUGAAGGCACUUUUGUUACUAUUGACCAAUAUCCUUCCAGGUUGCAGAAUCAAAGGAAAGCUUUCCAAACCUUUGCCCUAACUCUCGAGGCAUGUGAAAAGACCAUUCAGGAUCUCCACUCGAAAUCGCUGGAGAAAUUCUCAAAUAUUGACUCAAACGCGGAAGAGAUUCAAAAACAACUUGAUGACAUGUCGGUGAGUAGCUAUUUGGCGUUUGUCCUCGCGGUUGUACUAUACAAGGUGGGUGAUCAAAAGCUCUGAAACCCUAACUCUCCUGUUUUAGACCACAAUAUAUGAUUUUCCCAACUUUUGGUCAGACCAAAAUAUGUGAUUUUCCCUACUAUAUUUCAGACCAAAAUAUGUGAUUUUCCCUACUCUAUUUCAAACCUGAAGCAACAUUUUCAACGAAACUGAUCAAGCAACAUGGCCAUUUCCAGACCCUCUUUCCUGUGCAACAAACCUCAGCCUAUUGGAGAUAUACUGAAAGCUGUACCCAAUUGAAGACCAAAAGGACUUUAAAAAAAAUACCCCUGCGUUGGGACUGCACAUACCCACAGUGUAUGCAGCUCAUUAAGGGAGAAUUCCCUCCCCGGGUCUUUGACACACUAAUGUUUUCCGCACCAGUCUCUGUUAAUCCUAAAACGAAGAAAGCCGGGUUGUUUAAAAAUGGAAACCUUUCAUCUUAGAGGUACUUCGGCAUGCAGUCAUAUUAUAUCUGGAGAAAUUAGACUUUACAUGCCUCUUUGGGCCUAGGAGGGUUUCGCAAUUCUGCAUAAGUAGUUUAUUAGUGUAGGGAUUUAUCCUAAUACAAAUGCUAUAUUUCAACAGAGGCUUGAAACAGAUUUAAAGAAUUCGAAGUCUGAAUUUCAAUCAGAAAUAGAGCGAUUCGAGAAAACCAAGGGAGAAGGAUUGUUUAGUGACAAAGACCAAGCAAUUCUUGAAGAGAGGGUGAAGAAUCUGCAAUCUCGCUGGAGAAAAUUGUGGGAGGAACACAUAGCAAACAAGAAUCGGUAAGACAUAAAAAACAAUCGUGAGUGACAAUGGAUAUAAAAACAAAACAGUAAUAAUGAUGAUGAACAUGAUGAUGAUAAUGACGAUGAUAAUAAAAUAAUACCAGUAAUAAUGAUUAUAAGUAGAAUCGCUUACCUUAUAAUCAUACUCCAAGUAGUUUUCGAAAAUUCUGCCUUUUACACUUAAAUGUCAACUCAGUUACCUUUUUCGCAACCAAAAUUUCCCAUUAAUUGUAAAAUCAUUGUAUAGUUAAGGCUCAUUUUCGUUUGCUUUGACAUCAUUUUUGCUAAGAUUAUCGAAGAAUGGAGAUCACUGCUGUUAUAGCCAUUCCCUUCCCUCCUGGGUACUUCGCCAUAUUUUAUUUACUCAAUAUUAUUCAUCAACAUGUGACUGAUUAAACUCUGUAAUAAAUCUUCAUCUAACAGGUUGGAAAAACAAAGGGAUGCCUUCAAAACUUUUGACUUGUCUUUGAAGAAACAAGAAAAUACAAUUAACGAUCUCGACACGGAAGCGCUCCGGAAAUUUUCAGCUGCUGGUUCAAAUAGACACGAACUUGAAAAGCAACUAGAUGACAUUAUGGUAAGUAGUAAAAAUACAUGAUUGGUAUUCUUUGACUAAAUCUUUCACCUAAGUUCAUGAGGGUAACAAUGACGGAAUGAUCUAUUGAGAAAGUCUGGCGGUAUGGGAGAGGUGGAAGCAUGCUGCCCUCUACAGAACUUUAUAGUCUCCUAAAUAAAGCCAUCAUUUUCCGAGUAAUUCGAGUAUUCUCGAAGAGUGAUCUCCUUGAAUAAAUAGAAAUGAUACCGUUAUUCCAGGAAUUCAAGUUUCGCUACAACGAAACUUCUUUGUAUGAAAAAGCAACGUUAUUGACAAGUAUGUGGAAGGUACAUUAGAUUGAUUUGUUGUCACAUUUUGUAAAGGAUGUCUAAAAGACAUUGACGAGAUAAGCCGUUAGAUAUGCUCUAUUUUCUGUUUUAUUUCUUCCAGCAAUUUGAGUCUGAUCUAAGGAAAAAGAGAUUUGAGUUUCAAUCCGAAGUGGACAAAUUUGAAAAGGCUAAAAUUGAAGGCCUGUUUAACGACACUGACAGAAAGAUCCUUGAAAAGAGAGUGGAAAAUUUGCAGAAUCGAUGGGACGAACUGUGGAAAGAACACAUCUCCAAUAAGAAUCGGUAGGAAAUCUUCAUCUAACAGGUUGGAAAAACAAAGGGAUGCCUUCAAAACUUUUGACUUGUCUUUGAAGAAACAAGAAAAUACAAUUAACGAUCUCGACACGGAAGCGCUCCAGAAAUUUUCAGCUGCUGGUUCAAAUAGACGCGAACUUGAAAAGCAACUAGAUGACAUUAUGGUAAGUAGUAAAAAUACAUGAUUGGUAUUCGUUGACUAAAUCUUUCACCUAAGUUCAUGAGGGUAACAAUGACGGAAUGAUCUAUUGAGAAAGUCUGGGGGUAUGGGAGAGGUGGGAACAUGCUGCCCUCUACAGAACUUUAUAGUCUCCUAAAUAAAGCCAUCAUUUUCCGAGUAAUUCGAGUAUUCUCGAAGAGUGAUCUCCUUGAAUCAAUAGAAAUGAUACCGUUAUUCCAAGAAUUUAAGUUUCGCUACAACGAAACUUCUUUGUAUGAAAAAGCAACGUUAUUAACAAGUAUGUGGAAGGUACAUUAGAUUGAUUUGUUGCCACAUUUUGUAAAGGAUGUCUAAAAGACAUUGACUGGAUAAGCCGUUAUAUAUGUUCUAUUUUCUGUUUUAUUUCUUCCAGCAAUUUGAGUCUGAUCUAAGGAGAAAGAGAUUUGAGUUUCAAUCCGAAGUGGACAAAUUUGAAAAGGCUAAAACUGAAGGCCUGUUUAACGACACUGACAGAAAGAUCCUUGAAAAGAGAGUGGAAAAUUUGCAGAAUCGAUGGGACGAACUGUGGAAAGAACACAUCUCCAAUAAGAAUCGGUAGGAAAUUAGCUUAAACCUGCUUUAAGUAUUUAUUAAUAACUUCAGACAGGUACAGGGGAAGGUGUGAACUUUCCCUUAGGGCGUUCAAGUUGACACAAGUUAUUUAAAAAUCUGGCUAACGACAAAUGCAAGAGACCCACUAGUUUCUCUAUGGCUUUGUAAGCCGUUUGUGCAGUGCAUUUAUGCAAAAUUCAAGCGUCAAUAGGUCCCAGGUCUUAAUUAAGUUAAUUCCUUGAAAGGACUGUUAACACUGCUAACAUUCCCAGAACCUGCAAGGAUGUCAUUUUGAAGUGAAAAAGUAAAAUAUUUGUAGACUUGUAGUAAAAAGUAGUAAUAUUGUUUUUAUAAUAAUAAUUAUAAUUUGAUUGAAAAUAUAGAAAUUUCAGUGUUCUUACAUAGUUUAAAGAAUAGCACAAAAUUGAUUAUUUUGCGAGUUUCGAGAGAGUUCAUUGGCACUUGAUCACAAGCACAAUUUUAUUUGUGUUUAUGAUUCAGUAAUGAUUGUUGUGUUUCAUCACAGUAUCGUAAAGGCCACCUUGGAGCAUGCCCACAACUCGAUGAAGACUAUUACUGAAGAUUUUGAUAAAAUCGAGAAACAAAUGAAUACGCCUGAAGUCUAUGACGAUGAUGACCGUCUUUCCUUGAAAGAAAAUGUUCUAAAACAGAAGGUAAGAUUAUACCUUGGAAUGCCGGCCGGAUUUGGUGAUCGAAAUUGUGUAGAACUGACAUGUAACCAAUCUUUUUGUCCUUUUGCGAGGCUAAAGGAGCUGACACUUUUGAUACUAAAGAGACGCUUUCCAUUGAACCCAAAAUUCCGGAAAUUUUGGUCAGAAAUCAAAUGGAAUUAACCAUUUCGAUUCGGUCCCACGGGAAUAUUUGACCGGUGCGGUCAUUUCGGUUGGUCGGUCGGACCGAAAUGUCCCUUUUCAUUUGACGAAAUGGUUGUCUUUAGUACCGCUCUUCUUUUAUCUCACGUACAAGCACAAUGACCAAACGUGCGGUGGCUUGGGUCAACAACUGGAAUGUACCGUUCCAUUCCCAAAAUUUCAAAGCGGAAUGUUUUUAAGUGGAAAGUGUCCAAUUUCUCUUGUUAUGUCUAUUUAAGUUGGAACAUUCUUGAAGGUAGUCUUUUGGCGAUUUACCUGCUGAACAUUUACUCCUUUGACUGAACUGUUAAAUCCUUCUCUUUGCAAUAAUAAGUAAUUUCAAUAAUUACAAUGUACGUUUACUUAAGCGCCCAAAAACGUAGACACAAUGUGACUAACCCAAAGCCUUUGUCCGUCAGAGACUCAUAGAGGAUUUGGACCAGUACGAUGACCCAAUAAACAAAGUGAGUCACAUAGCAGACAAACUGUUGGAAAAAAAUUUGGUCGACGAUCAGACGUGUACUUUCAUCAAAAGGAAAACAGUUGCUCUCAUUGAAAGACAACAACAGCUGAAAAACAGUUGCAAGGAAAGUGGAGACAGGUUAGCUAUUCCAUGAAGCAAUACGACAGCGUAAACCGAUUAAUGGAUAAACUGGUUGAUAUAUGCUUCGCGAUAAUUGGCGUUUUGUUCUCGUGACAACUUUACACUCAUGAAAUCGUUUGCGUAAACUGUUUGCUGGACCAAAAUGACCCCUUUUUCUUCAAUGUUCCGACGCUUUCACCUCGUAUUCAUAAUUACAUAUUUAAAGCAAUGGCUCAUGUAUUAGGUGCAGAAGAAGUGAUUUUAUUUAGCGAGGGUAGCAUAAUCUAUGAUAAUAUCAACAACUGAUUACCUACUGGCCCUCGAAAAAGAUGUCAACCUGGAAUUAUUCCUAUUUCGCGCCUGAUCAUUUUCAACGGUAGAUUUCUCAAAAAGCUCUUUGUUUCAAUGACUGUCCAUUCCAUUUUGGGCAAUCUAAUUGUAUUGACGACGUAGCUGUUACUAUUUAGUGACAUAAAUCGUAGGAGAAUGGGACGCCCCGUUUUCAUGCCCGUCACCUUUUACCUUUGAAGGUUUGAAAUGGAGCUUCAGCUAUAUGAUCAACAACGUAGUGGGUCACCAUCAGAGGUGGAAGAAGAAACUGUCCAGAUUAGUGAUGAUUACGCCAUGCUCUCUCAGUCUCUUGACGAUAUUCUUGCUGAUGAAGGAUUUGCGGAAAUGGAUUCGUCCAAGGUACUUGCAGCUUUAAAAUUCGUGCUUUGAAACCUUUUCUUUUUCACGUUUGGCAGAAUGGGUCAUAGUAAAUGCCUUGCGUGAAAAUAUUGCUUCCAUAAACCUUAUCGUAACCGAUGCUCAUAUAAUUGUUUUUUCUUCAGCGGAACAUCAGUGUCCCUUCAGCCAGGGACCUUCAGAUGACAUAAUAUCAAAUGAAGCGUGAUAAAAAUUUCAGGGCGAUAUUCAUGCUUAAUGCAUUAUAAGGUUUCAAAUAAUGAGAUUCCAACAAAACGAGAUCAAGAAAGUUUCUAGUAUAGAACUUGGAAGAAGCAAGUAAAUCAUUGAUAGCAGCUUUUUGAUACGGCUAUGGGGCUGUAUCACACGGCUGUAUAUGCUCUUCAUCGAUUCAAAUGACAUUACUACUGAUUCAGCUUAACUAGACCUGAAUUCAAGGACUGAUGCUCCUUUUGUGAUACUCAGUUAUAGCCAAGUACAAUAAAUCCAUAUUCUCGCAUCAUAGACUUUAUUUGACUGUCUGACUAGUGUCAGAGAGUCGUUUCAAAAAACAAGAAGAACAACAACAAUUUUAUUCCACAAAGGUACCUACAGUAAUUACACACUCAGUUAAUUAAUCACGGGUAUAAGAAAUCGGAAAAAACUUUCCCACCGCAAAUAGCAUUAAAGGCUAAUCGAGGCGGGGGAAAGAUGAAGACAAACUUAAGGUAAUAAAAUAAGACAAAACUGUUUGCAGAAAACUGAGAUAGCCAUACAAUAAGGAUAAAUAAGAAUUAAAGUUAAAUUGAAAAAAUUUAGAUCCAAAAAAAAAAGAUAAAUGAAUAAACAAAAUAAAAAUAGUUAUUUUGCGUUCCAAGGCUGAGAUAAAUUGCUAAAGUAAUUGAGCAAUUGAGAGACUUCAAUGUAGUCAUUCACAAGCUCUAAAGUUUCAAGAAGUAUUUGUUCAGUGUUGAUUCGGAGCCGGGAUUUCAACGAACGAGCUAGUCAAUACGUAUUUUUGCUAAACAUUAUUUGAUUAUCAGUGAUUUUUUCUAUUUUCUGUAAGUCGUUCCUGGAUGUGAAGACGACCAAUUUUGAUAGAGAGGUGCAGUUAAUGAACCAGUGGAUGACUGACUCUCAAAAGUUAGUGAAUUCAUUGCACGUGGAAAUGGAUCCGAAGGAAGUGACAGGGACAGUGCAGCAAAUUAAGGUUGGAUUGCUUUGCACAUCAAUUUCAAAAAAAGGUUUAAGACCUUGGAAACCGUUUGUAUUCUUUAUGUAAGGUCAGAUAAAUUUUUACACAGUUAUACUUAUCACUUGAAAAGUUGUUGCCAUGGAGUUCCAUUGGCUGGGUGCCAGAUUUCGUAUCGGUAGGUCUGGGUUCGAUUUCCGAUCUAUCAACCCCUCGAGGUCUUAUAAAAACGUAAGUGAGUAGAAUGUGAUGUUUCUGUUUUCACUUGGAAAAAUGGUCCGUUAGCCAUCCAGGUGGUCUUCUCGAAUAAGGAAAAAAGUAGUAUGUCUUGUCCCACAACUCUUUUCUGAUGUGACACUUGUGUUAGAUAAAGGAUGGGAACCACUACAGACGCAACAGUCUGUUGCAGUGACUACCCCGAGGGCUAGCGUCUAUCUCUCCUGGGUUGUAGGAUUGGGAAGGGAGGUGUGCAUCACUGUUAGGCAGGUCUACACUCCCUAAGACUGAUAAGAGUUACAUAUAGAAUGCAGUGACUCAAAAUGAAUCAUACCCUUGACUCUAUGAUGUCACUCCUAUUUAAGUUAUCGAGACGUCAAGUCUCUGGCCUGUUGCACUGGUAUAAGGUAUGAACCACAAUUUCUGUAUAACGGUAAACGCAACGCUUCGGUCUGGGUGGAGCUUUCACUUGAUAAGACAGUGCAGUCGUUCUAUCCCUCGCAAGGAUAAUUCCUCUGGUCUCUGACAGUUUCUGACCGGUUGUUCUUACAUGAGGUAAACAGCCUUUCAUUCUCCUGGAAGAUGAACGUAACAGUAGCAAAGUUUGCCACCAUGAAGGCUGUUGACGUUGCUGAAGCGCCAGGCAGGCGCUGGCGGAAUAGAAAGGAAUCAUCAAGAUAACAUUAAGACAAAAAUUUGUGUUUUCUUUAGGCUCGUUAUGAAGAGAUAGAGAAGAAAGAAGCUACGAUGGAAGCAAUCAAUAAACUUGGUCAGGAAAUAACGAAAGAGUCGUUAAACAUGACCACUACGGAAACAGUUGAAAAGAAACUAGAAGCACUGAACAUAAGGUGGCGAGAGACCAGGGAGAUGUUGAAGGACUUCUGCAAAAAGGGCGAUGAAGACGCUGCAGAAUAUCAAGGCUGUUGUUGUUCACGAGUAAUCACUAAAAUGUUUCAUGCUUGUUUUUAUAGUUAA